CCAGUCCUUCCUUUCCGCUUGGUCAAACUUAAGGAGCUGAGAAAACACCCAAAGCAGCAAACCACGUCAUUCAGCAUUCCUUUGUCCGAGUGAUGGGCCGUGUCUUUCUGCCGGAAUGGGUGAGCUAUCUUGUUCACCCGCCGAUGAUGCUCUCAGCGCAAAACAGAUGGUUGUCCGGCUGGGGUGCGUGCUUUUCAAUGUGCUCAGUGGGCUGGUCAACGGGUACGACAUUUGUAUAACUACAGGCAUCUUGGACUUCAUGGACAGAGACCUUGCCCUUUGCCACAACGAUGCUGAAAUAUCGACAUGCUUUCUCAAGGAGGCCGUCCUAUCGAUCGUUGGAAUUGGUGCAUUGAUGUCCAGAUUGUGCUGCACAGGCCUUGCUGACAGAUUCGGUCGACGUGCUGCGAUCUUUUCUGCGGAUGUGCUCAUAGUGGUGUCUGUUGCUCUGCAGUCCAGCACACGGUCAACUCCUGGUUUUUUCGCAGCCCGGUUCCUCGUUGGAAUGGGCAUGGGGUUGGCUUUUGUAGUAACCCCAACAUACCUUUGUGAAAUUGCUCCGCGGAGAAAUAGAGGCCUCUUCAUAUGCUUGAACGAAGUUGCGGUCUGCGUCGGAUGCUUGCUUGGUUUGCACAUACCCGCCCGCGACAACACUGAUGCGGCAUGGCAGUGGCAAAGUGUCGUUGCAAUUGCAGCAGUGCCUGCUGGUCUUCAACUGAUUUUUGUGCUAGCCUUGCCAGAGAGCCCACGAUGGUAUGCAUUGCAGGGAGACGUUGAUGCUCUGGACAAAUCAAUCCAAUCCCUGGGAUUGCAUUCAGAGACUCUUGAAUUGAGGAGCCUUGCGUGCAAAGGCGAACAUAUUGAUUAUUGUGCCGGGGAAUCGCAUUGCAGACGUCAGAUGCAUGCUUGGGCACAGUUUCGGAAGCCCUUUUUGAUCUCGUUGGGGCUGGCAAGCUUCACUGCAUCAGUGGGAAGCUUAGCAGUGCAAGCAUACGCCUACGACUUGUUGAAGGUUUGCAGUGUGGAAGAUCCUGCAAGCAUUUUACCUUCAGUAGGAUGGAUGAAACUUGCGGGUGCUUUGCUUGCUAUGUCGGCAUCUGAUUCUGAGAGGGUGGGUAGAAGAAGGCUUGUAAUGGGCGGCAGCAUGCUGUGCACGCUUUGUGAUUCCAUUCUUGCCAUUCAUCUUGCAUUCCCAAGCCGAGUUCCAGAGCAGCUCCCUGCCGCAUGUGUCAUUCUCAGAAUAUUCGCCUGGACUGCAGGCUAUGGUGGUGUUCAAUUCUUGGUCAUUUCAGAGUUGCUUCCCAGCGCCGUCCGGUCAAAAUUUUUGGGGCAGUGCCAAGCUGUAGCCAGCAUAAUUGACAUUGUUAUUUUUCAAGUCUUUGAGAGUUUGCUUUUUGCAAAUGCAGUGGCUACGUUUGCGAUGUUUGGCGCCAUCAACUUGAGUUCGUUCUUCUUUGCAGCAGCUUUCUUGCCAGACCUGCGCGGUCUAGCCUUGGAGGCCAGUGAAAAUGGCCAGCUGGGCCCCCAUGGCCCCCGCGCAUACAAGUCUUUCGAGCGAAGUGAGCUCGAACCAACCAUCGUUGGCGCUGGGCAAGUAGACUGAAGUGCAUUGAAGUGAAUUGUCGGGCAUGAUGCUCACAAAGCGCGUGCAGAUUUCGUGCUUGGAAAAUCUACGGCGGUCCAGGUGAUUCGGGCCAGUCUUGAGGAGAGCUCAACGCGUUUUUUGAAGUUGGACCAGUCGAAGUGAGCAAAGAUCUCCAUGGUUUGGCAGCUUCAAAACUGGUUUCCACCUGCAUCAGAUCUGCACGAGAUUUCACUUCUUGUUUUUGGGCUGCUGCUGGCCAUGGCGAGGCUGGCCCGCUCUCUAGGCGUCAAAGUCCGUAGCUCAAAGCCAGUUGCAGCCAGGAGUCGCUACUGUAGUUGACCGGCUUGGGUGCAUUGUGCCCAAGACACGCCAAGGGCUUCCUCCAUUGUCAGUGUCUC